AUCUUUACUUUGCAUUUAUUUACAGCAGCUGCUAUCUCAGUGUUUCUUACAGAUCUGGGGAGGUGUUCUCGGUUCCAUUCUAACGCUGUACGCUAUGGUACAAUGGCGGGGAGUGGUCCGUAGAGGCGGGCUGUACAUUGCUGUAGUACCAUUAGUUGCUGGGGCCAUAGCUGAUACCUUGUAUUUUGCCGCGUGGUUCUCCACUCUCCACGCUUUGGCGGCGGAAGCUGGGACACUCGGAUUGACACUACCUUUGUCUCUCAGAGAAGAACGGAUCAUCAAAGCUUUCAUUUAUUCAGCGGUUUCAUUAAAGGUGCUGAAAAUUGCUUGGAUCAACUUCAAUCAAUGUCGGUGCGAUAUAUUCUUUUUGGACUGGUCUGAAUAUAAUGCUCCAUUUAAAGGGUCUUAUGAGAGGUCCAACAAGUGGCGAGCCACCUCGCUGGCGCGGGAGUGGAGCUCCAUGCAGACCAUGCGAAGAGUGCCGCUGGGGUUCACCGCCACUCUAGCCCUGCUUAUUUUACAUAUUAUGUCGCCUUGGCAAUCCUACCUGCCUCAAAGCCAAGGCUACAAUUGGGCGCUAGCCACGAUCGCCUGGUGGACGGCGUACUGCACGCUGCUGCUAACACGAUGGGUGGUUAACCGAGUUCGAGGUCCACCUACAGAUGACUUGCCGAAGAUUUGUGCUAAUGUUGGCUUUUCUUUAUUAGUGUUUGAGGAAGAUUGCUAUGCACAUUACGUGCAUGGAAGGAAUGAUGAUUCCAAGGAUUUAAGAUCAAUGGCUGGUCCUCUAGCGACGUGCCGGGUGGUGUGUGCUCCGCAACUAAGGGUCGUGUACAAACAAUUAUCUCUCUCCAUACCAGGUUUAGGUGAAACCGAUACUCGUCAAGCUUUAUUAUCUCGGUUCUUGGCAGCGUUCUUCGAAAGGGCUCUAGACGGUCUUAGCUGGGUUGCCAGUGAGCGUACCGUUCUGGAACGCCUUCUGAACGUGGAACUGACGACACGGGAAGCUGGCAACACCAGCACAUUGCUAUAUGACCCCGAUGAUAACACCUCUUCCUGUUUCGCUGUUACUUGGUGGGGAGAAGAAUGGAGUUUGUCAACGUUUGAUGCUAUGCUGUUCAGUUGUGUCUUGGUAGCGACAGAUGACGCCCUUUUGGCUGCAUUAGUCACUCUUAUUGUGUGGCAGGUAGCGAUGCAACUCCGAAGAUGGUUCGGAAACCGAAAUCAAGUAGAAAAAACGGAAACUGAACUAAAAUAGUAUUGCCGAGUGUGGCAGCAAGAGUCGCAACGCAGUUGUCACUUGGUCGUUUUAAAAUGCGGCAACAUAUCGUGUAUAUUUUUAUCUCUAUUUUCAGUGAGAUUUUAGUUUCACAUCAAACUGUCUAUGAUUAUGAGACUUCUGCUGGAGAUGGAGAAGCUUUGAACCCAUUCAGAGACAUUCCGCCUAAGCCUUUAGGUGAGGCAGAUUUCGAAAAAUUUACAAGUAUACCUAAUGCUACCUCUAGAAAAGAGGUUCCAUUACCUCAAGGGGCUUUCUUUGAUUUUCUCUCAGAUAUCAGUAACGCAAUUUUAUCACCAAAAUUUAAAAAAGAAAAAAUUGGUCCUUAUUUUAAAAUACUGAGCAAUUGCCUCGAAGGCUUGGGAACAGAUUAUCUACAAAAAAAAUGGAUAAGCAGAUUCCGAAGAAAGUUGAUAAAAUACAAAAAUUUAAAUAAAAACACGCUGAAAAGAAAAGUGCUUAAGUUUUUGAAGUUCAUAUCUGAUGGUAGGCCGUAUAAAAAUAAAUAUUUUAGAGCUAUGAAUUCUAUAUACAAAAUGAAUCAUGUCAUAAAAAUGGACGACUAUGUCUACGAACUCAAAAGAUACGGAAUGGGUAAGACUGAACACAUAGGACAGAAAACAAGAGACGUGUUCGAAAUUGUGGUGUUUGGAACAUAUCACAAACAACGCUAUAGAGUCAAAUAUGAUAUCGAGUUGCAUUUCAAAACGGCCGUACUAGAGUUUUGGGAAGAAAGACUUAAUUUAUCUGCUUUUAAUUUCACAACCCGUAGACCGUGGAAUUGAACGUUGAACUUAAUCGUCCGUUAAAGUUUUUAUCAGUAUUCGAGUAAAAAGUAUUACCUAUUGAAAAUAUGAUUACCACAUACAUAUUGUUAUUUUUUACGUUUUCUCUACGGUGUGGCACUCCCGUGAGUAUUAGAGGACUGACGGACAAUCAACCCGGUAAUCCGUUUCUGUCAGAAUACGGUUCUGUCGCAAGGUCCGAUGUAGACAGUGAAGGUAUUUUUGAAAGGUUCGUAAGAAACUAUCUAUUUAUGUUGUCUACUGCUUUUUUCCCCAAAGAUCUCAUUAAAUACUUGAGAAUAGUAGAGAAAGAACUGAGAAAAAUGGAAUUUACGUAUACAGAAAAGUUAGCAAAUAAGUUUAAAUCUGUAAUAAAAAUGGAUCGUGACGAGGCGCUUGAGUUAAUUGCCUCGUACCAAGAAGAAUAUGAUAAAAGGUCAGAGGUUAUACAAGAAUUCCUGGAAGCCAUGAAUGAGGUAUUUACAAUGCAACAAAAUCAGCAGUUUGAUGAUUACAUACAAGACUUAAAAGAGUACGCCAGUAGCUUGAAACUUACCAUACGAGAUGAGACCAGAAAACUCUUGAAUGAUGUCAUUGUAAACAAUAUUGAUAAGUUAAGCGAACAUGAUAAAAGAGAGUUGGAAAGGAAACUUAGACAUGCGAUAAAGGACUAUAGAAAUUACCGAUAAGUGGCCUCGCUACACAAAAUCAUGAUCGUCGAAUCAAGUGAAUACAGGAGGACCUAUAUUUUUAAUAACUUAUGAUUGUCUUUGAGAAUGUUAUUUUGUACGGCCAGAUGAAGUAUUCAGAUAAUACCGCGUAUAUUAUCGACAUACCCAUUCAGUAAGGUUCCCGUGUCAUAAAUUAAAAUUCAUUUACGGAACUUACUCAUUUAUUGCCAUUGUGUUUUAAUAAUCUUUGUACUUAUACAACAUGUUUUGGUAAUAAACAGACUUGUCACACGGUGUUCGUUUUAUUUGGUAUUGGAAUGUUCUCCAAAUAAAGUACUGAAGUUAGUUUAGUCGAAAUCUAAUUCAGUAAACUAUAUUAUUAUGAACACAAUACAACUAACAUAAUUAUCUAUCUACUUUUCUAAAACAUAAACCUAGGAAGUUAAGGGCAUCCUGUAUUAUGGCAAAAAAAGAAAAAAAAUAUGUACUAGCUUAAUAUGGAAAACAUUCCAAUCAAUUCCAAUAU